AUGGCCAGACCGAAGCUCACCACCAUUUCGCUCUUCGUGGCCCUCGGCACCUUGUUGUAUCAAUCUUUUCUUCGGGAAACUCUUUUCGUCGGCAUCGGUCUGGGUCGAACGAUUCAACCUAUCAGUGAUUUUCCAUUCAAAUGUUAUCGUAUUACUGGGGAUCCGAAUAUUCAAGCAUGUGAAGAUAUGUGGCUGGAUCACGAGUCGAGGACUCUAUAUCUCGCUUGCUCGGAUUCCGAGGCGAGGAAACAUUGGAUGCCAAAUAUCCACCGUUUAAACGCAACUGGCAGAGCCACUGACGACCGCAUUGUCGCCAUGGACAUUGACAAUCCAACCAGCACUCAAAGCUUUACGUAUCGAGUCCUCAAACCCCGUGGAUAUUCCGGCGUGGCAGGUGACGGGAGGAUCCAUGUUGUGGGGAUGACGGGGACUAGGUCUGAAGAUGACCCAGAGCAGGUCAAUUUAUGGUUAAUCAAUGCUCGUCCUUCGGUCGAUUCGGCGACAGGAGAGGUUCUGGACAACACGGUGGUUGGAGGAAACCAUACCAUUGAUGUUUUCUCGACGAAACCAGGCGCAGUUGAGAUGGACCAUGUCCAGACGUAUGCUGACGUCCAAAUCGCAACGCCCAAUAAUCUGGCAGUUACCAAAUCUGGUGGUUUUUUCUAUACCAAUGACCAUGGGCCGCAUAAGGUCGGUUGGAAACAUCAUCUUUCUCUCAUCCUGGGAACCGGAGAUGUCUCCUACUGUUCAAAGGAAGGAGUGUGCAAGCUUGUGUCAUACGGGCAUAAAUUCCCCAAUGGACUUCACCUAGGCACUGAUGGACUGUUGUAUGUUCCCAGUGCUGCCGUGGGAGGCGUCAAAGUCUAUCGACCAGCGUCGGACGGCAGCUUGACCCAAGUGCAUCACAUCCGUCUGGAUUAUCCCAUCGACAAUAUCUCUGAAGAUGCGAAUGGCGACUUAUACCUGGCGACCAUGCCAAAGGGUUUGGAAGCCCUUAGACCUUUUGAUGACCCUUUGAAUGCUGCGACUCCACCGGCGACAGUGUGGAGGGUGCGGCGUCUUCAUCGGGAAAGUCAAGAUGAGUAUGAGUAUGAGUUGGAAAAGAUCAUUGAAGACAGGGAUGGCGAGAUGUUACCGGGCAUGACUACCGUCAUUCAUGAUGCUGUGUCAGGAAGGUUGUUUAUGAGUGGCGUAAUUUCUCGUUUUGUGACUGUGUGCGAACCAAAAUGA